GCACAAACGUAAUUUCAAAAGUUUAUAAUUAAAUGAUCGAUAUAUAUUGGCAGAAAAAAUUAUUAGAAAUGGAAAUGAUAUUAAAUUUAAAAACAAUUGAAACUUAAGAAGACUUCAAAUCAUAGUAGUAUAGCAAUGGAAUGUUUUUGACAGUUUCAAUAUACAUAUAUGACACUUGUUUUGCAAUCAUCUGUUUUCCAGUGAGAAAAACAUAAAAAAUGGUUACAUGUCAUUACAGCAUGGAUAAAAACUUAUAAGAGCAAGCAAACAUAUUGCUAAACUAUGCUCCUACGUAAAGUUUAUAUAAUAUAUGGUUCUAUGUCAUAAAUUUCGCAAUAAUUUUCACAAUAAACAUGUGAUCAUAACCUAUGACAUUUUGCAUGAUAAGAGAAAUCUCGACUUUUCAGUGAUAAUUCACAAAACUGUCAAUGGUAUGGCAUUUGUGAUGCCUUGACAUAAUUCAAUUUCCUGAAGAGACAUGUGGAUACAUUUUAUCGCAACAAACUUUCAUGUGAAUACACAGAAUGAGCAAUCUGAAAAAGUGUAAAACUACUAAAGGAUCUCAAUGCAGGCGAGAUCUCAGACAUCAUGUGAUGCCCGUGUCGCAGCCAGUGCGUGCCAAGAGUUUGUUACGCGCAAACUUGGAAAAUUCACGUGUGCGUGGCUUGCAGAGCAGAAUGCCGAAUAUCAAGGUCUUCAGCGGGACCUCGCAUCCGGAUCUCGCCCAGCGGAUCGUGGAUCGGCUCGGCAUCGACAUCGGCAAGGUUGUCACGAAGAAAUUCAGCAACCUCGAGACAUGUGUGGAAAUCGGAGAAUCUGUCCGUGGCGAAGACGUAUAUAUCGUGCAAAGUGGAAGCGGCGAGGUAAACGAUAAUCUAAUGGAGCUACUGAUCAUGAUCAACGCUUGCAAAAUUGCCUCCGCAUCUCGAGUGACAGCAGUCAUUCCUUGUUUUCCUUAUGCAAGGCAGGAUAAAAAAGACAAGGGCAAUGAUGGUGGAGACUCUAAAAAUCAGAUUGUCAUGAAGUCGAACGAGUGGAAAUUCAGGGAUAUUCUGCCCGACCUGUCUACAAGUCGCGCGCCGAUCUCCGCGAAGCUAGUGGCGAAUAUGCUUUCCGUAGCGGGUGCUGAUCACAUUAUCACAAUGGACUUACACGCUAGUCAAAUACAAGGAUUCUUUGAUAUCCCAGUUGAUAAUUUAUUUGCCGAGCCAGCUGUCCUCAAAUGGAUUAAGGAGAAUAUUGUUGAAUGGCGAAAUAGUAUCAUUGUCUCCCCUGAUGCGGGCGGCGCCAAGAGAGUCACAUCUAUCGCGGAUCGAUUAAAUGUUGAGUUUGCGCUCAUACAUAAAGAAAGAAAAAAGGCUAAUGAAGUCGCUAGUAUGGUAUUAGUUGGAGAUGUUAAAGACAGAGUCGCGAUUCUCGUAGAUGAUAUGGCCGAUACCUGCGGUACUAUUUGUCAUGCAGCGGAAAAGCUAUUAGAAGCUGGUGCCACAAAGGUUUACGCAAUACUUACGCAUGGUAUAUUCAGCGGCCCAGCAAUCAGCAGGAUUAACAACGCUUGUUUCGAGGCUGUGGUAGUGACCAAUACUAUUCCUCAAGAUGGUCACAUGAAAGAUUGCCCAAAGAUUCAGUGCAUUGACGUAUCGAUGAUGUUUGCUGAAGCCGUAAGGCGGACGCAUAAUGGUGAAUCUGUAUCAUAUCUGUUUUCAAAUGUACCGUAUUAGAUGAAAAUCUUCCUACUUUAAAUUGAGAUUUAUAUUAGUUCUAUUUUUUCAUGAAUUUCUAACAGUAAAUCUGACACUAAUCAAUGCAGAAUCAUGAUAAAUUUUUAGAAGACUAGAUUUAGAUAUAUAAGUCGAUUUUCUUUUCUUUAAAAUUUAGUAGCCCAAGCAUUCUUCGAACUUCUAUAGAUAGUAGAAAGAAUAUAUAAUUCUUUGUCUUGUUGGAAUUUUGUUGUGAUCAAAGUUGCAGCUUCUGCUGUAUAUAACUUGUAGCAUCCUUAUCAGUUGUUCUGCUUAAAAAAAUAAAAGAGGAGUUGAUCUUUUAUUAUAACAAGAUUAUUAAUAAUUUAAUAUAUUAAAAUGUUUGUCAAUAUGAUUAGAUGUUCUCAAUACGCGCGCACCGCACGUAAUAUUCAGGAAACAUAAUUUACUAAUUCUAAUAUCCUGUAUUUAAAUAAAAAUUUGUAAUUUGUAAUAUCUCUGCAUAUAAAAAUUUUUCAUAUAUUGAUGCUAAAAAUAUAUAAAUAAAUUUUCGUAAUUAUGUUAAAAUAACCCUAUUGUGUUGUGAUUAUCAUAGAUAAGAAAAUGGUCGUGUUUUCUUUUAAUGCGACCAUAUUUUAAUAUUUAAUAUAUCAGCCAUAUUACAAUAAAAAAAAGUUUGUAAUGUA